CCCGCCAAGCUUCCGUUUUGUCAAAGGCAAAUUAAAUCCUCCUACUCCGUAGGCCUUGGCCACACACGCUCUCUCUCUCUCUUCCUCUCAAGUUUGAAUGCAUCAACUUGUCCUUCUGAAAAUUGGGUCAAAACUUGCAAGUGUCUUCUUCUUGCUUUUUUUUCUGGGUUCUGCUCUCCUAGCUUGAGGACGACCCCAUCAGUUUUAAUUAGCCUUGUAAGCUUUGCUCGAGCACCAAAUGGAAGAAGGGCAAGAAUUUGCACUGACCCAGAUGAGGAAAUCAGUUGAGAAGCUUGGUUCUUCUGCUGAGAUGUAUGGGGAUCCUACACUUGUGAGGUUCUUGAUUGCUCGAUCAAUGGACCCGGACAAAGCAGCUAAGAUGUUUGUUCAGUGCCAGAAGUGGAGGGCUAAGAUGGUGCCCAGUGGUUUCAUUUCAGAAUCUGAAGUUCCAGAUGAACUGGAAGGGAGAAAAGUCUUCUUGCAGGGUUUGUGCAAGGAUAAAUACCCCUUGUUGAUCAUCCAAGGAAGGAAGCAUUUUCCUCCCAAGGAUCAGAAUCAAUUCAAGAAAUUUGUUGUUCAUUUACUAGACAAGACAAUUGCAAGUGCCAUCAAAGAAAGGGAAAGAGGAAAUGAAAAGUUGAUUGGGAUCCUUGAUCUGCAGCAUAUCACAUAUAAAAACAUUGAUGCUCGCGGGUUAAUCACAGGAUUUCAAUUUUUACAGGCAUACUAUCCUGAACGUCUUGCAAAGUGCUAUUUAGUCCACAUGCCCCAGUUUUUUGUGGCGGUUUGGAGACUAGUUUCUCGGUUUCUAGAGAAGGCUACACUGGAAAAGAUUGUGAUAGUAAGCAGUGAGGAGGAGAGGAGAGAGUUUGUAAGAGAGAUAGGAGAAGAGAUUCUGCCUGAAGAGUAUGGUGGACGAGCAAAGCUUGUACCUCUUCAAGAUGCUCCUUUGCAAAAUGCCCCAGCUAAUUGUAAUUCAUUAUAAAAAUGCUGCUGCUUAACUUUGGAGACCAGAUCACUACUUGGGGCUCGUUAGAAUAAUCAGCAGACAUCAUGUAUUAGAUUUACUUUCCAACUUUUGCUUCAUUAUGGAUGAAUCACUUGGAUAGCAAUAUUGCUUUUGGCCAUCAAAUAGGAUUCUCAAUUCCAUAACGUAAAA